AUGGUGCUUCCAUUCGAAUGCAUCGAAACUCUUUGCGCGAACGGUUGGUGCACUACUGUUGAAGAUGCCGAUCCAAGCUGUCCCAGGAUGUGCAAGAAGCACAUCUCUAACCCCAAAUGGACUUUCGGGACGGUGAUGAAACAGAUUGGCAACGAAGCAAAGGGUAUUCGAAGUAUUCUUACAGUAGAAAGUGAGGAAGAGGAAUCACUUCUUGCAAACGUCGAUGAGGAGUCUAUUACCAAUCCGGAUGUGCGCAGUUGGAUGAAUCAACUGAAGGUCGAUCCAAAAAGCAUUUGUUUUGAGCAUAUUCGUGCUCUUGAUAUCGAUGCGAGGGGAGCUGCUUCCGAUAAGAAGAUAAUGAGGAAAGCAGGAUUUCCGGUGGAUGAAGAACCUUUUGAGAAUGUGUAUUCUCCACAUUCACAAAUACAUUCUUCAAAGGGUGGUGAGGAUGUGCAUACUCCCUGUUCACAGAGACAGGGAGAAGGGGAUGAAGAUGUGGGUAGUAGAAGCUCAUCAACGAGUCAUUACUACGCCGGCAAGGAUAUGCCUUAUCAUUUUAAAGCUCGUGCUGAGGCUGUGCGUAGUGAAGAAAGUGAUGACGAGGGCGAUGCAGUGUCUAAUACUCCUCCCAGAGCCCUAGAAGGGGGGGUUGCAAGUCCAAAGGUUCUUGAGGAAAAUGUACAAGGAGAAAAUGAUGAAGGGAUGGCUGGAAACCCUAUGGAAGUGGACUUUGCUACCCAAGGCAUCGAGUCAGCUGCUGCCCACGUCCCCGAGGACCCUAAUGCCCAAACCACCGAGGACAUUGCUGCCCACGUCUCCGAGGACCAUACUGCCCACACCCCCGAGGACCCUACUGCCCAAACCACUGAGGAUCCUGCUGCAUUUGCCCCCAAGGAACCCGAGGACCCUGAUAACACUGUCCCUGAGGACAAGGUACCGGAGAAUCCUGAUAACAUUGUCCCUGAGGACAAGCCUGCUCCUGCUAUUACUCCAGCGCCGACUGAAGUCGUUGGACCCCUGACACGUUCCAAAAGAACGUUGUUCCAAGGGCCAGCUCUCAGAAGUCCGUUUGUCGAGCCUGAGAUGACAGAUCCACCCCCGAAGAGGAUGCGAACGAAGACUGCCGGCAGAAUAACAAAUAGAGGACCCAGAGGUGGAGGAGCCAGGGGAGGAAGACCUUCGGACCUGGGCAGGAAGAGUGGCAACAGGGCCGAGAAACCAGGGGAGGAAUAG